AUGAUGUCCAAUGCGCGAAACAAUUCAUCAUUAUCAUUAUCAUCACCCACACCCUUCCUUAUUAUUGCUGUUAAAGACUUAUUUGAUGCUAAUUUACAUCAACUGCCUUCUAAUAUCACUAGACAAGAUGAUUUUUUGUCGAUUUUGGCAACAAUUUCAUCUUCAUCGAGCAAUCAACUGCCAGUUUAUACAAUACACGAAACAAGUUGUACUAUAAUAAAAAAUGGAUUACCUAAUUUUAACUAUCAUCUCGUACCUGUAUUCAAUGCACUGCCCAACACGUUUGUUGCUUGUGGGCAAGAAUGCUAUGAAGAAAAAUGUCGUGUGUAUAUGCAAAAUGCACAAAUGUAUUCCAUUGUGAAAGCUCAUCAACAACGGCAUGACAAUGACAAUAAUAUUGACAUGAAUGAAAUUACUAUGAAAUUUAUAUACGACAACAUAAAGAAAGAUCUAGAUGAUCUCAAUGAAAACCAUUAUCUGGAUGCCAUUCCAUCAUUUGUAUUAAAUAUCAAAUCAUUCUAUCAUCAUAAUCUUCUGGAAUUUGGUAAUUUACAACUUCGACCGGAUCUAUGUCAACAUGACAUACCAUUGCGUCCAUUCAUUGCUUCUUCCUUAUCAACAUCGAACCCGACUAGCAAUUUAUCACAAUAUCUACAUAAUUUAAUUGGUCCGAUUUAUUACAAGCAAAUGUCGAAGGAAAACCUUUUGUCGAAAAAAUAUGAUGUUCUCAAUGCUCUGCAAUCAUAUCAAGAUCAAGGUUUGCUAUCUUCUAGAACAUUGUUUGGAAGCAUAGUUAUUCCCAAUCUGAGUGAAUUACUUACAUAUGAGCAUGCAAUGCAAGUUUUAGAGAAAUUUCUUUGCAAUUACGCCAAUGAAAACAAUACAUCGAUGACGAUCAAUAAUAUACCUAUUCAAGCCAUUUUAAAAUUAACUCGAUUUUUACUUUCGCAUCAAUAUUUUAAAUAUGACGACAAAAUUUUUCGACAAACUGCGGGCGCUUCUUCACAUAUGCCGUUUACAAUUUUAUUAACGAAUAUUUACAUGUACUAUUGGCAAAAGAAUUUUGUUCGUGUAUUACAAAAUCAAAAAGAAAUUUUUGCCAGAAGUUUUCAUGAAAUGUUUUUUACAUGGAAAAAAUCAAAACAAGAUCUAAUUCAUUUAAUUCAAACAAGUUUCCAUCAAAAAGAAUUUCCAGAGUCGACAUUUCGUAGUACGAUUGGAGUCAAUGUGACCUAUACCGACAUGGAAAUAAAUCAUCAUAAUGGCCAUCUACGAACAAAAGUUUUCCAUAAAAAUCCAUAUGAACCAUACUGUUUACCUUAUUUUUCUGGCUAUUCAUCAUUUGAAUAUCGUUCAAUCAUUCGUGCAUCAAUCCUUCGUGCUAUACGAUCAUGUCAGGAUGUCAAUGAUUUUGAACACGAAUUAAAGUUUAUGCAACUGUCAUUUUUCUUCAAUCAAGUACCAUGGAUAGAGAUACAACGGUAUAUACAUUUAUUUGAUCAAGAAUUUCAGCUACAAACACAGCGUUAUCGUUACUGUCAAUCUGAAUACAAUGAAUUGCGUCAACGCAUACGAUCGUAUGAUGAACAUUUCCAAAAGAUUCUUACUCAUCACGACACGACAAUGCUUUCUCAAAACAGCUCAUAUGUCUUGAUUCAUAAUUUAACAUUAGAUAUGUCUUCCAAGAAAACUGUUAAACGUCCUAACGAUGAAAGUGAUGUUCAUCAAAGAAAAAAUACUCCGCCAUCAAUGACAACCACAACAAAAACAACAACAAUGACCACAAACAUAUUACCGAAACGAAUGAAAUCAACACAUUCUUUCACAUCCAUGUGA